CUAUAUGAUUUCCUCAUGACACCAUAAAGACAGAACGUGUUUUACACUAACAACAGUCAGAACAAAGUAGCAGAGUAACAUGCGGAAAUUCCUCAAAAACAGGAAGAAAAAGUCAUUAGAGACUGGAGUGAGGCGGCGGUGGGAUCCCAGACAGACCGCCAGAACUGUGGCGAGAUCCCGGACAAACCACCAGAUAUGUGGAGUGAGGCGGCGGUGGGAUCCCAGACAGACCGUCCAAAAUGUGGAGUGAUGGUGGGAUCCCAGACAGUCUGUCCAAAAUGUGGAGUGAGGUGGUGGGAUCCCAGACAGACCGUCAAAUAUGUGAACUGGCAAUGGAAUCCCAGAUGGGCCUUCAUAAGUGUGGAGUGACACAGUGGUGGGAUCCCACAU